AUGGCAAAAGGUGUUAGCAAGAUGCGAACUGUACAAGACUUUCCUGAUAUGUUUCCUGACGAGUUACCUGGGUUACCUUCAGACUGCAAAGUGGAGUUUGCCAUUGAGUUCUAUCAUAGUAGUACGUCAGUUUUGCUUAUGACGUACCGCAUGGCACCCAAGCAGCUGAAGAUACAACUUCAGAAGCUACUUGAUAAGGACUGGUGUGUGGUGUACUUUAUUGAUGACAUUCCGGUAUGUUCGCAAACUGAGGAAGAGCACAAUACCCAUCUACGAAUUGUGUUGCAGAUUCUGCGAGAGAAGCAGGUUUUCAUGAAGUACAACAAGUGUGAGUUUUGGCUAAAAGAAGUGACAUUUUUUUGGCACAUCGUUUCAGCUAAAGGGGUUCACAUGGACCCAAAGAAGAUCAAAGAGUUCACAUGGACAGAAGAAAGACAGCAGAGCUUCAACAAGCUUAAAGAUAUCCUCACUAAAGCACUUGUGUUAAUCCAACCAAAACCAGAAAAGGAGUUCAUGAUUUACAAGGAUGCCUCUCAUAGAAGGCUUAGAUGUGUGUUGAUGCAAAAAGGGAAGGUGGUAGCUUAUGCUCUCAGAAAACUGAAGGUUCGUGAGCGUAACUACCAAACCCACGAUUUGGAGCUAGCAACAGUGGUGUUCGAGCUGAAGAUUUGGCAACAUUACUUGAUUAUAGAGAAGUGUACCAUCUAA